AUGAUCCGCUUCGUACUUGCUACUACGCUUUCAGCUGUGGUCGCUGUGCAAGCGAUCUCUCUAGAGGAUGUGUGCACCCCAUCCUACGUACAAUCCAAGUUGCCGUCCGACUCCGUGUAUCCCGGGAUCACCCUCGAUCGUUCUUUCAUCGAGGCCAAUCCGGUUUACAACUCGACGACGAGCGGCUCCGCGAUCUUUCCAACGGAGACCAUUGACUACUGCAACGUGACCCUCGCCUACUCGCACGAUGGCCGCGACGACACCGUCAAGCUUCGCUUCUGGCUCCCCCGCCCCGAUCGAUUUGAGCAGAGAUAUCUGUCCACGGGGGGUGCCGACUACUACAUCAAUCAGGGAGUCCAACAGCUUCCCGGAGGGGUCAUCUAUGGAGCGGUCUCAGGUUCCACCGAUGGAGGCUUUGGGAGCUUCGAUACCGGGGUUGACGAAGUUCUCCUUGUGGCGAACGGCACGCUGAACCACCAGAAUGUCUACAUGUUCGGGUACCAGGCCCACCACGAACUCAGCACGAUCGGCAAGAGCUUGACCCGGCGCUUCUUCAACAUGACCGACACCGACAAGCUCUACGCCUACUAUCAGAGCUGUUCCGAGGGUGGCCGGGAAGGAUGGAGCCAGGUGCAGCGGUUCGGGGAUGAAUGGGACGGCGCGGUCAUCGGGGCGCCUGCGAUCCGCUACUCCUUCCAGAUGGUCUACCACCUCUGGGCCAACGUGGUCGAGAAGACCCUCAACUACUUCCCGUCGCAGUGUGAGAUCGAGGCGAUUGUCAACCAGACCAUCCAGGCGUGCGAUGGCUAUGAUGGCCGGCAGGACGGGGUGGUGUCGCGCUCCGACCUGUGCAAGCUGCACUUCGAUCUCAACUCCACCAUCGGAGAGCGCUACUACUGCGCGGCCGAUGGCGACGUCCCGGUUCAGAACUCGACCAUCUCCGCCAAGGCGGUCGAGGUCGUCCGCACGAUCCUCGGCGGCAUGAAGGAUCUGCAGGGCAACCAGGUCUACCUCUCGUACCAGCCGGGGGCGCUCUUCUACGACGCGCAGUCCACCUACAACGCCACGACCGGGGCGUGGGGGCUGGACAUCAAUUCGUUCGGGGGCGAGUACGUGGCCCGCUUCUUGGAUUUCGUGGACGCGGACAACCUCUCGUCCCUCGACAACGUCACCUACGACACCCUCCGGGACUGGAUCCAGCAGGGCUGGCAGCGGUACGAGGAUUCCAUCCACACCGCCUGGCCGGACCUCACCCCGUUCCACCGCGCAGGCGGCAAGAUCCUGCACUACCACGGCGAGCAGGACGGCAGCAUCCCCACCGCCUCCUCCGUGCACUACUACGAGUCCGUCCGCCGCGUCAUGUACCCCGGGCUGGCCUACAACGCGAGCACCGCGGCCCUGGCCGAUUGGUACCGCCUCUUCCUCGUGCCCGGGGCCUCCCACUGCAUGAACAACGACCUGCAGCCCAACGGGCCCUUCCCGCAGACCUCCCUCGCCACCCUCAUUCGGUGGGUGGAAGACGGCCUCGUCCCCGUCACCCUGAACGGGACCGUGCUCGGCGGGAGCUUCGCGGGCCAGGAGCAGCAGAUCUGCGCGUGGCCCCUGCGGCCCAUGUGGUACAGCAACGGCACGGAGAUGCAGUGCGAGUAUGACCAGACUUCGCUGGAUACGUGGGCCUGGGACUUUGAUGCUUUUAACAUGCCGGUCUACUAG